AUGUAUCUAUAUAUAAGGCAAAAGAACAAUUUUUGGUUUUACUGCUGUUCAGAGAGUAAAUAUGGCUGUGGUGGGAAUUUUAGCGGUUUUGGGGCUUUUUAUGAGCACUGCAAGUGCAUCCUCGCUGGGAGUUGUAUACACAGAGGGAGGGAUGGUUGAGGGGAAGAAUCGUAAUGUAGGACUCUUCCGCUACAUGGAUGUCUUUAAAGGGGUCCCGUUCGCCGCACAACCAGUCCGAUUCGAGAAACCGACUCCUCAUCCUGGCUGGACUGGUGUUUUGAAGGCCGUUGACUUUCCUAAGAGGUGCCUGCAGCUGAACUUGAUCCAGAGUGAAACUCGCGGCAGUGAGGACUGCCUUUACCUCAACAUCUGGGUACCACAAGGCCGUUCAAUUUCCACCGGCCUCCCCGUCAUGAUUUACUUCUUCGGUGGUGGCUACUUGGUCGGUGGCUCAAUGGGGGCCAACUUCUUAAAUAACUACCUGUACGAUGGAGAGGAGAUUGCUGACCGGGGAAACGUCAUUGUGGUCACUGUGAAUUAUCGUGUCGGUGCGCUUGGUUUUCUCAGUACUGGAGACGCGGAUUUGCCCGGAAACUAUGGGCUCUGGGAUCAGCAAGCUGCCAUUGCUUGGGUUCACAGGAACAUUAAGGCUUUCGGAGGAGAUCCAAACAACAUCACUAUUUUCGGAGAAUCUGCCGGAGCAGCCAGUGUGAGCUUUCAGAUGCUGACCCCACACAACAAAGGCUUGAUUCGCAGAGCUAUUUCCCAGAGUGGUGUUGCUCUGUGUCCUUGGGCUGUUAAUAGGAAUCCUAGAGCCUUUGCUGAAGAGGUUGCUAAGAAAGUGGGCUGUCCCACAGAUCAGAGCAUGGGAGCCUGCCUAAAGAUGACUGACUCAGUACUGAUAACUCUUGCUGGAACACUUAACCUGCAUGGUUCUGCAACAAACCCCAUUGUGAAAAACCUGGCCCUCGCCCCGGUGAUUGACGGUGAUUUCCUCCCCGCUGACCCCAGCACACUGUUCAGUAACGCUGCUGAUGUCGACUACAUUGGUGGAGUUAAUGACAUGGACGGGCACAUUUUCACUGGCUUUGAUAUUCCUUCCAUCAACCAGCCGCUCCAGCCCACACCUGUUGAAGAUGUCAAAAACCUCCUGACUGCUUUGACGAGUGAUAAAGGUGCAGCAGCAGCUUCAGCAGCUUAUGAGCAGUACACCGCUAACUGGGGAACCAGUCCUGGUAAAAAUGAUAUCAAAAAGACAAUUGUGGACAUCGAGACUGACUACACUUUCCUGGUGCCAACACAGACGGCUCUGUAUUUACAUGCCCAACAUGCCAAGACAGGACGUACUUAUUCGUACCUGUUCUCAGAGCCCAGCCGCCUGCCUGCAUAUCCCAGCUGGAUGGGGGCUGACCAUGCUGACGACCUGCAGUAUGUGUUCGGAAAGCCUUUCACCACUCCCCUGGCUUACAUGCCCAGACAUCGCCGUGUCUCCAAAUACAUGAUCGCUUACUGGACCAACUUUGCCAGAUCUGGUGACCCCAACAUUGGUGAGUCGGACGUUCCCGUAGCAUGGCCCAAGUUGAGUGAUGGCUAUCAGUAUGCGGACAUCAAUAGUGACAUGGGUAAAAACUCUAUCAAGCAGAAAAUGAGAGCUCGCUUCGUCCACUUCUGGAGUGUCACCUACAUGGGUUUUCCCAGUCUUAAAUGAAAUUCUCCAUAGCUCUGUCUCCAGUUAUCACUGUUAUGACACAUCUUUCAGUGACAAACAAUUAACUGUAUUCAAUAAACCAAAUUGUUUGCAUUUU